AUGGGCAGCAGCCCCUCAAUCCCUGAUGGUCCUCCUCUGAGGAUUGUGAUGAUUGGGAAAACUGGUGUUGGGAAGAGUGCCGUUGGUAACACCAUCUUGGGCAAAAAGAGAAAUUUUUUUAAGUCUAACGUGAGUUCAGAGUCGGUGACGGAGACCUGUGAGAGAGAAAGAGUUGACUGCUCCAGAAAGAUCCAUGUGGUCGACACCCCUGGUAUUAUGGAUACGUCUAAAAGUGCAGACAGCAUAAAUAAAGAGAUUGCAAAAUGCAUCCAUAUGUCGUCUCCAGGCCCUCACGUCUUCCUGCUGGUCCUUCAGAUCAACAGGUUCACCAAAGAAGAAGAAAACUGUGUGCAGGCCCUGGAGAAGAUGUUUGGACCAGAGGCAUCAAACUACAUGAUCGUCCUGUUCACUCAUGGAGACAAGCUGAGACGACAAAACAUAACCAUACAUGACUAUCUACGAACUGGCAAUGUGAAACUCAGAGAGCUGCUGAACAGAUGCGGCAACAGGUUUCAUGUCUUCAACAACAACAGUAAGGACAGAACUCAAGUGGUCGAGCUGAUCAAGAAGACUGAUGACAUGGUGGCAGCAAACGGGGGAUCGUACUACAGCGAUGAAAUGUUUGAAAAGGCCCAGAAGAUUCUGCAGCAGAGUCCAAACAAAAACACAGAAGAACCGCUGGUUCGCAACGCAUCCUUCAUGACUGAGCUACGUAAAAAAAUAGUGGAGUUUCAGGACACGCUGUCAGCAUCAAACAAAGAUGUGUAG